AUGUCAGGUCGUGGAAAAGGAGGAAAAGGACUUGGAAAAGGUGGUGCAAAACGCCAUCGAAAAGUUCUUCGUGAUAAUAUUCAAGGAAUCACGAAGCCAGCAAUUCGCCGUCUUGCACGUAGAGGUGGUGUUAAACGUAUUUCUGGACUUAUUUAUGAAGAAACACGUACUGUUCUCAAGUCUUUCUUGGAGAAUGUUAUUCGUGAUGCUGUAACAUAUUGUGAACAUGCUAAGAGAAAAACUGUUACUGCUAUGGAUGUUGUUUAUGCUCUUAAAAGACAAGGAAGAACUCUUUACGGAUUCGGAGGAUAG